ACACAAUUUGCUUUUUAGAGCAACCAAAAUGGCAGCGUCCAUAAGAUAUUGACCUUUACAUCUGGUUGUUGUUUUCAAUAUCUCAGCUUCUAAAAAGAAUACAAAAACUCAGUAUUUUUAAAUAUUUAUAGAUCUACAUUUAGAUUCUAGUAGUGCUCGGUUAUUCUUUUGGAACAACUGUAUUUCAACGUGAUAAAAACUGUAUAACAAUGCCGAUCCGCUACAUAGGCCGUGAGCCAUUUUUCAAGGGAAAACCACUGUACGAAAUAUGUCGGCAACUACGAGACUUAGGAGUUGGUCGAAUAGUUUACCAAAAAAGUGUUGAAUUGAAGUGGCCCACACAAAAAUCAUACUACAGACUUACAAAAGUAGAACCAAAAAUGUCUUGCAAGGAAUUUUAUGAAGGAACUGCAUGGGGAGAACAGGUUUUUCGAGGUCAAGUUAAAGGUGUCACCCAAAUAACUCGUGGCCACCAAGCUGACUGGAUCCUUGUACCUAAAGAAGAAGAGCAGGAAUUCUGUAAACAAACAGAAGUGUUCCAAAUAGACAUGAGCAAAGUGCCAAAAGCAUUGGAGUGCCCACCUUUAUUAGCGAUGGUUUUAAAACAAGAGUUAAAAGCUAAAGGGAAGACAGUUCCGGACAAAAUUAAAAUUCCCUUUCAGGCUGAGGGUUAUCUGCAAGGUCUUGAAAACAGGUGGUGAUGUUCAAUGGUUUCAGUUUAUAAUACAAAAUUAUACAAUAC